GGGAAGUGACAAUAUCUUGGAGACGUUGCUCCCUACCACUCUUCACACUCAGCGCAUCAACCAAAUUACAAGUCCGAAAUCUUUGGAGAGAAAGGGACACCUCACUUCUCUUCAACACCUACGAAUGGAAAGCUGUCCUAGUCUCGAAUUUCUGCAACUUCAACACCUCACUUCUCUUCAAAGGCUAUAUAUUAGUUGGGGUGACAAUCUCCAAUUCAUGCCAAAAGAGGGUUUGCAGCCAUCUCUUUCUUUACUGCAGAUCUACAAAUGUUCUGGCCUGGAGAAAAGAACACUACUUUGUCAACUUUGUUGGCUCAGCUUCCAACUGGGGCCCACCGCCAUCACUCUCUCUCUCUCACAUCCCCUGUAUCCAGUGUUUCACUCUCAACUCUCAAAUCAAACUCAGGACAGCAUACCAUGGAGAGCUUUACAUUUGCAAGGUUUCUUUACGUGGCAUUCCCAGAGCAGGGUUCACCAUUGUAUAUGGCCUUUUGUUUUUCUGCAAAAACAAUUGUCACAGCAAGGAGAAACAGAAAGGCCCACCUGGAAUAUCUCAAUUUGACGCAUUUCUGCAAACAGGCAUCGAAUGUGACAUGGCAGAAAACUCACAUUCGUACUUCCGUCCCAAUUGGCAUGCCGCCUCAUCUUCUUUAUACUGUUACCAGCUUGAAGCUUUUGUAGAUAUGUUAGGCUCUUGUAGUUCUGAGUGCUUGACAAAUUGA